AUGACAAACGCAAUCGUCGAAAGUGCUGAGCCCGACAGAGCGUCGAUGCCAAGCCUCGCUGACGUACUCCCCUCGUUCCGGCUCGACGGUCACGUGACCGUCGUCACCGGCGGGUCCGGCGGUCUCGCGCACACCCUGUGCCAGGCGCUGCUCGCGCAGGGCUCUGAGCUCGCGCUGCUGGAUAUCUCCGUCGACAGACUCGAGUACGCGAGGCUCGAGCUGGAAGAGUUUGCGCGCUGUAACAAGCUCGGCGAAGUCCGGGUCUCCACGUGGCCCUGCGACAUCGGAGACGCGGCCAUCGUCGAUGAGGUCGUGCACGCGAUCCCUCUCAAGCACGACGGAAUCGUGCCCGACAAGCUCGUGCACACCGCCGGGUUCUGCCAGAACGUGCCCGCACACGAGUACGACCCCAAGGCCGCGGAAAACCUGGUCCGCGUCAACCUCAUGGGCUCGCUGUACAUCUGCCAGUCCAUGACGAAGCAGUUGCUCGCGAAAUGCCGGCGCAGACGGUCCGUGUCGUCGGAGUCGCGUGAGGCCGGCGAAGCGCUGCCCCAGCUGCCCAACGCCUCGUUCGUGCUCAUCGGGUCGAUGUCCGGGUGCAUCGUCAACACGCCGCAGCCCCAGGUCGCCUACAACAUGUCCAAAGCGGGCGUCAUCCACAUGGUCCGCUCGCUCGCCUGCGAGUGGGCCCGCUACGGGAUCCGCGUCAACUCCAUCUCGCCCGGCUACAUCGCCACGGCGUUGACCAAGAAAGUCAUCUCGGGGUCCCAAGAGGGUGCUGCGUUGCAGCAGGAAUGGACCAGCCGCGUGCCCAUGGGCCGCAUGGCCGAGCCCCGCGAGUUUGUCGGUGCCAUGCUCUACCUCCUGAGCAGCACCGCCUCCAGUUACACUACCGGCGAGAACAUGGUCAUCGACGGCGGCUACGUGUGCUGGUGA